AAAACCCCACUGCAUUCAUUGUGCUACGGUCUAUCCACCCCCCUGCUGCUGCUAGGCUUGCUAUUGCCGCUCGCUCCAGCUGAGCUAAGAGUAGCAGCAAGCACCAGGGCAGGGGCUGACUCCAGCCCUUGGACUUAGGACUCCGCAACACCUUCCCUUGCGUGCGUGACUCAUUCGCACAUCCUUUCUGUUUAUGCCUGGGGUGGGGAGAAAAAUCCCAAACCAGCUGUGUAAAUGAGUAUGGAAGAUUAUGAUUUCCUAUUUAAAAUUGUUUUAAUCGGCAAUGCUGGUGUGGGGAAGACGUGCCUAGUCCGACGAUUUACUCAGGGUCUUUUCCCCCCAGGACAAGGCGCCACAAUUGGAGUUGAUUUUAUGAUUAAGACAGUGGAAAUUAAUGGUGAAAAAGUAAAGCUUCAGAUCUGGGACACAGCAGGUCAAGAGAGAUUUCGGUCUAUCACCCAGAGCUAUUACCGAAGCGCCAAUGCCUUGAUCCUCACCUAUGACAUAACCUGUGAGGAAUCCUUCCGUUGCCUUCCUGAGUGGCUGCGGGAGAUAGAACAAUAUGCUAGCAACAAGGUCAUCACUGUGCUAGUUGGCAACAAGAUCGAUCUGGCUGAAAGGAGAGAGGUCUCCCAGCAGAGAGCUGAAGAAUUCUCAGAAGCUCAGGACAUGUAUUACCUGGAGACCUCAGCCAAGGAAUCCGAUAACGUGGAGAAACUCUUCCUUGACUUAGCAUGCCGCCUCAUCAGUGAAGCCAGGCAGAACACGCUUGUGAACAAUGUAUCCUCACCCUUACCUGGAGAAGGAAAAAGCAUCAGCUAUUUGACUUGUUGUAAUUUCAACUGAAGGCGGAGGCAAGGAGAAGCAAGAGGAAACAGCAGCUGCCCUGAUGGGCCCGGAAUUGCUGGAGAGAUCUGGCGCUGACUCUGGCUCCCGCUCUGGGACCUUCUGACUCCUGUGGGCUCCUGAGCUUACAAAGCAUGGCAGGCCGAGGGCCUCAUCCACAGGCCAGCAUUAGCAGAACACAUAAUGGUUUCACCCUUUUGCAGUCUGGAGUUGGAUCAAGGAGAAAAUUGCACUAGGCACUCCGUGAUCUGCAGAGCAUGUUGCUUUUUUUUUUUCUUUUUUUCUUUUUUUUUUAGUAAAAAAGCAAGUAAAACGCAUUCCUGAACACAGUCCAUGGGGCAGUGCACUGUAGAGAUCCCUCCUGCACGUCAGUGGGUGCAUGUGGGGACUGCUCUUUAGGGCUUCUGGGGGCCCUGGGGUUUUUUUAUCUACCAGAUAAACCAAAACUGGGAAGGCCAAGUCCUCUCUCUGUGGUGCAUAUUGAUGACUCCAUGGAGAUUUUGAAAAGUGUUAUUUCUCUUUUCCACGGGCACUUUCAAGAACUUUGGGAUGUGAAAAUGAAACGAAACCUUUACCCAUGACAACAGUUAACAAUCAUCGUUUUAAUAAUAGAUACAAGCUCCAUGACUCCUUUUGGUGCUAAUGAAUCCACUCUUUCAGACCAAACGUUUUAAUACGUUGAUGUCCUUAAAUACAUUACCUAGAAAUAAAAAAAAAAAAAAAAGAAGUCCAUGAAUCAGCACUCUUUCUCAAAAUUUCAGUAUGACCUUUUCGAGGCUGGAUUUGUUGGAAAAGAGAAUAAUUUCCUUUCAUGUUCCCUUCUAAACCUCUACCAUUUUAUUCUUCCAUUCUCCCAUCUUUCCUGCCCUCUAAGUAAAUGAAAAAGUUUGAAAAAUGAAAAAAAAAAAAAAAGAAUGGUUGAUACUCUACUAUAAAAGACUUCAUGAAUAGUAUGAGAAAAUAGACCCAAUCUGACCAAAAUACUGUGGAAUAAUGGACUGCAGUGCAGAGUUCCAAGCAGAGCACAGUCCUUGAUAGCAGGUCACAUCUUUUACGACCUGGAACUAUCCAACUUGGACAGACCAAGGCUUAGGAUUUUGUAGAUGUUUUUAGCAUGGUAAGUGAGAAUAGCAACAGAUGAAAAGUCUCACGAACCAUUUUUGUAUCUGCGGUGAUAACCUUGGAAAACUUCUGCUUGUGGAAGCAGAUUGUAGUCAUUGGUCAUCUUCUAUAAUAAUGUUACUCUCAGACUCAUGACCAUACAUUGUUUCCCAUUUCUUUAUCUUUUCCUCUUUUUUCCCCGUCUCCCCCCCCCCUUUUUUUUGUUUUUGUUUUUUUAAUCUCCUUUCCUCCUAACUCCCUUCCUCCCCUUCCUAUGCAUGUGUUACUGCAAAUCUCCAAUUCAAAUGGAGGUGUAUGAUAUGCCUUUACUUAGCCAAUUUAAAAGCAGAACUCAAGACGGAAGCCGUGCUACUGAAUAUGUUACUGUUUCUUCAGUGCCAUACGUUGAUACCUUCUAGUUUGUUCACUGAUAUUCAUGCACAUUGGGAAGAUAAUUAAACCUGUUUGCUGUU